AUGGCAGUACCCGAAGGCGGUCCGCAGACGCCAGAAAACUCUGCACGGAAUGAGGCCAUCCUAAGAGCCCCAGGCCGGAGACAGAAUCUACAAGCAGAAACCCUACGAACCCUAGUGGUUGAAUUCUCCCCAUUAGAUGAUGGCAAAAGAAUCUUGUACCAAAUGGUUGCAAAACUCAUCAACGGCCUAAAUACAGCGAUCAUCCAACAGACCAACACAAUCGACACUGCACGGCCAGAAACAGCGGAUAACAAUGGAAACAAUAAGGAUAAUUUCACAAGAUUCCUGCCUACUGAUACCGCGAAUAAACAUAUCAGAAUGGCCCUAUCAACCACCAAACCCAUCAAAGAUGUACAGCUAAAUACACCAGAGGCAGCAGAAUCUAUCAUCAGCAAUGGCCUCCUAGUUGGACAAAGAUAUAUCGGAAGUGUAGAACCCUAUAAAGUUGAACUAAAAAGAUGCUAUUGCUGCCAGAAGUUUGGCCACCUAGCUUGGUUAUGCAAAGAACAGUUGAACAUCUGGAAAUCCAGGGCAGGAAUGGAAGCCCUCAUUAACAAUCACCAGAGCCAGAACCUGGAUCUACUAUUAAUCCAGGAACCAUCGAUCACCACAUAUCGCACCUACGUCAACCACAGUGCUUGGCGACUCUAUCGACCAACAUACCUAAAUACCAAUGAAUCUAUCCGAUUCCGCAGCCUCCUCUAUGUCAAUAAGCGAAUCUCAACUUCCUCCCAUCGCCAAAUCCAUUGUAACCACCCAGAUCUGGUGGCCAUCAAAGUAUGGACUGCAGAGAUACAGUUCCUUAUCUUCUUGGUUUACAUCCCAUCACUAGAUAUAUACCAAGCCACUAGCACAACCUCUGCUAAAUCAGCACUAAAAGAAAUUAAAAACACUAUUGAAUAG